AGGUGGGAAAAAGAGGACGCAGGAUUGUAUGUUAGGAUGAAGGAGAUCCUUGGAGAAGCCCAGAAGGACCCCAAAGUGUUGGCGGCAGACGGCCUCGCGAGUUAGAGAAAGCUUUGAACUUCCGCCCCCAGAUCCCUUUCUCCUGCAUCUUACCCCGCGACGCCACAGCCUAGGAAUUUCAGAAGACUAAGUGCAUGGAGUUUCGCUAAGGUUCCCUCAUGAGGCUUUCUCCCCCCUACAAGCACAGUCCCGGUUUGCGGCCGACACCAACCACCGGGGAUGAUGGCGCCGUGGCACCGUGGAGAAUUCCUUCCGGCCUCCACGGCCGGCCAUCCGACUCGGCAACAAGCUCAGUGCUGGCGACGACGUGGUAUCGACGGGCUUGCCUAAGGGCAUGGCAAUGCUCCAGUUGGAAGACGCCGCCUAGCGGCGUCCCUAGACAGCAGGCCGUUCCCCGCAGCCGCCUCGCGCAUCUCUCCGUUCGGCGAGGAAAUGGAAAUGGGGCCGUGGGUCUACACGUGCAUGGCGUCUCGCAAGGCCUCGGUUUUUGGCAUAGGCGGGUCUGUUUCACGUCCUUUCGACAGCCCGCGGGACUAGUUUGUGCGCCUACUACUGUACAGUACCGGACACUGGCGCCGACCCCAAGUUGCGUAAUAGAGCUGGCGACACACCGGAGAAUUCUUCCCAGACUUUUAAACGGUAACUUAUUUAAGUGACCCCCUCCUGGGAGGAUCUUCCCCAGCUCUUCAUGGUUAACUUAUUAGUGACCCUCUCCGUGGAGAAUUCUCCCCAAUCUCUCCAGGGGUCCUCUUCAUAGGUUAUUUUUAUCACUCCUUCUCCUGGGAGACUUCUCCUUGGAGUGUCACCGCGGCUGAAGGCAGCGAGCAUCAACGGUGGGAAUAUUAUAUUAGUAGGGUCGCUGUAAAAUGAGAAAAGAUUGAAAUCUACGUCCCUAGCACUUAGAGUAUC